GGCUAGUGAUGUGAGGUCACUGAAGCUAUGGAAAUCAAAUACUUGUACCCACUUCGAUUUCUAUGUAAGACAAUGCUGCAAUCACAAGCAACGCGAUACCUUCUUUAAUGCAAAUACAAUGAUGAGUUAUGAUACCAACCCUUCUACUUGGAUCGCUUAGUUGCCUUGAUCUUGUGUCAUAUUAAAUACUAUCUGAUAAUAGCAAACUGGUAUAACACUUUUAGGAUCACACCACAUAUGGCAAUGUGUUAAAUCGAUUACGAGCCUAGACCGAUACUUUUGCGCUUUGGCAUGACGGUUCUCCAUCCAUUCGCACAUACAAUCACGCAAAUGCAUCCCGAUCUCCUGUACCAAUAAACCAAUGGACGGCUAUCCAGCAGGUAGCUUGGACCAUAAUGUCCCUUUCCUUGUCGUCUCUGGACUGGGUACUGCCUCCACUAAACAUACCUUGGAAGAUCCUGGUUUGAGAGAGCAAGGCAUACUCGUCCGAUCAGAGCUACCUUCGAUAGAGAGUCGAGAAGCAAAGAUAAUCCUUCGUUGUAUUCAAGAAAAGGAUGCUACGAGUCUCCCAUGGAACUCCCGUGAUACCUCUAGGCGGUAUAAGUUCAAGAUAGAGACGAUUGGAAGGGAAUUCCUCCUACCACCUCGCCGCGCACGUCUCCCCGACAACUUCGAAGCACCUCCGUCCCCUCCUAUACUACAUUCCCCUUUCUCGCCUCUAAGCCCAGGUUCUACGUUAUAUCCUGAUGGUCUGAUAGAUACGAGAUGGCUUCAAAAACAUCAGGAGUUCAUACCUAGUGUGUACUUGACUUUCUAUAGUCUGACCUCGGAUCCUACACUUGCGACUCUGCACGAUAAUCAACUCAAGACGGACAUAAACGCUGUAAAAAAUGCCAUUGCACAAUCCGGAUAUAAGACCCGUUUUGUUGCGGUUAUUCUCAGUGACCAGUCGCCGAGCUCCGUAGGCCAAUUCCAAGAAAGAUUGGAGAAUGUUAGGAGGAGUACGGGUUUAGAUCCGAAAGCUUCACUUUUCGUGCUACCUACCCAGCGAACUGAAGCAGACCUGGAUAUUGCUGUUGAUAGUGUCCUGUCCGCGGUAUUCGACCAAGCGGCUGAGUACUAUCGCGAUCUUGGUAGGCACUCUCGGAAAAAGAAGUCAAGGGGUAUUGCGCCGCAGCCGACUAUUCCGCCCACCACGGGGACUUCUCAUACGCUAUCUCUGCAGGGCUGGAAUGUUCGUUACGACUUCAAGACAGCCGUCUUCGCAGAAUUUCGCCAGGAAAUAGAUACUGCACAGCGCUCUUAUGAGCAAGCGUACGAUACCCUUCUCGGCGCCGAUGUUCUUGAAACUAUUCCCGGAUGGAGCCCAAGGUUCAAUGACUCUCGGCUUCUAGCUGACAUAUUAGCUAUCCGGAUUUUAAAGUGCUUAUUAUGGACUGGCCAAAGCACUUCCGCUGUCAAGAGAUGGCAAGCACAUCAUGAUAGGAUAUUCGAUUUAGUCGAUCGACGGGGACGGGGAACACAAAAUUAUGGAUGGAAAGCUUGGGAAGCGAGAUGGAGUACGGUAAUGGCGAACUUGAUAGAAAAGGUUCAGUUCCCGGAAUUGGAUCCGUCUGUUACUAUACCAUAUCGCCUACCCGAAAAGAAUCUUUCUGCCGAGCGUUUACAGCCAUGGGAAUUCCUUCAUCAUCAGGGGUAUUGGUACCGAAUGGCUGCGCGGCAUCUUUCGAAUAGGCGAAAGUUAGCACUGUCUAUACCUGAAGACGACCGAAAACCACCAGACACAACCUCGCCGUCCCAGCCAAGCAAGGCCUACGUUUAUGACACUUACAUGUGUCCGGAACCUCAUGAAGAGUAUCCACUAGUCGGGACUGGCGUCAAUCAUAGCCAGCUGAUAUAUGAUCACCUAACAUUAGCACGAAGAGAAUUUCAGAAACGUCUUCAACUUCGAACAUCAACAGAAUUAGCACUCGAAUGUUCCAAGGAACUAGAAAGACUACGGGAAUGGAAACAAAUUUUAGGAAUUCUUACGCCCCUUUGGAGGAAUAUGUCUUUUCGCAAAGAAGGUUGGUGGGAUAUCAUGGAAGCAUUAAGCUGGACUUUAAGAGGCGCAGCUGUAGAAGCCAACAGAAAGGACCUUGUCAUUGCUAUCGACUGGGAGCUUCUCAACAGAGGGUUUUCUCGACGACCAGGUUGGCAUUACGAUAUAACAAAGUCGUUGGACGAUAUAGAUGAAGACGACGAUCAACCCGAUAUUAGCAUUAGCGAUGAACUCAUUACGUCGUUCCUACAAGCAUCAUUCAUAUUUAAGAAUGAGGAAGGGAAAGCUGGACAAAAUUGUGUCGCACAAUUAGCAAUUUCGUCAAAUGCAUUUCCGGACGCUGCGCCUGUGGAAUUUGAAGAGAUUCGAGUUCAAUUUGACGGUAGCUUACGACCAAUACACUUGAAGCACAAGGCCAGCAACAAACAAACAUCAGCGUCUCCAAAAUUACGGGUAACCAAAGUAGCUCUAUCGGAAGUCGAGCCUAGCAACGAUGCCGAUUCUGACGACGCCUCCGAGAUAAGUUCUCAAACGAUUACCACCAUUAUACUUGAGGGGACGGAUGACUUGACUCUAUUGCCAGGUCAGACACGAGUCUUUGAGAUAGACGUCCCAUUACGGGAACCAGGUGAUGCGGAAGCCUCCUCAGUACAGGUUUCAGUAGCUCCGGAAUCUUUUGACCUGAAAUACACAAUACACCUGAGGGAAACGAACUCAGUAGGUUUGUGGUAUUCGCCGACGUCCUCUAGGAAGAGGGUUACACGAAUAAAUCCGCACAGAAUCAAAGUACUUCCUAGGCCUCCAAAAAUGGAAGUCAAGCUCAUCAAAAUGCUGGAGCAAUAUUAUGCCAAUGAGCAUAUCCCACUUGAGUUAGAACUCUUCAACGAAGAAGACGCCGAUGCAAAUACAAAGCUUGACGUAGUGUUAUAUGGGGAUAAUGUGCCCAGCUAUAAGGUUCAAAUCGAAAAUGGUGCAGAAAAGUCGAGUUCUGCAGGAGUUGAAGAAUCAAAACUCGAGGGUGUUUCCGUUGGGACAAUCCCCAACUCCAAGUCAAUACGAGCUAAAAUCAUUAUCGAACCGGUCGAUGGACCUAUGGUAUUCGAUCUGAUGGUCAAGGCACGGUAUCAUCUCGUUUCAGAUCCAGCGACACCAAUCAUUCAACAAGAGAAUUACAACCUGAACAUUGUUAACCCUUUUGAGGCGAGCUACGAUUUAUCUCCAAGGCUUCAUUCCGAGUGGCCGAAUUAUUUCAAUCCUGAAGACAUACAUGACUCAUCAGAGGGAAACGAGGCUACCCGCCGUCCUCGAGGACUGGCACAAAAAUGGUCUCUUGCGACGAGGUAUGCAUCAUUCGCACAAGAGGAUUUGGCUAUAUUAGGCCUGGAUGUAAAUAUUCUCUCUACACAAGGUAAUGUGACUUGCAAAGCGUCUACGAGCCAGCCGUCAGUGGAGCCUGGCAUGGUUAUCAGCCCCAAGGUCAUCGAAGAAGCACGUUUCGAGCUCAUCGCCCAAAAAUUCGACCUCGACGAUAGAUCACCAGCUACAGCCGAUCUCGCCUUCAUUAUCAAAUGGCGACGGCUCACAUCGUCUAAAGAUACAAUAAACACUACGUCCCUGCCACUCCCACGAUUCUUCAUCACAACAUCCGAACCACGCGUUCUAGCCAGCGUAUCCUACUACUCACCUCCCGAUCCAUCCUCCUCACCCUUAUCUCCACGAUCCCCCACCAAAUCGAAAUCUAAACCUGCAUCCCUAGACCCCGCACCACAACUCUUAUUCCUAGACGUCACAAUCGAGAACCCGUCGGCGCAUUUCCUGACGUUUGGUCUUAUGAUGGAACCCAGCGACGAGUUUGCGUUUUCGGGUGCUAAGGCGACGACGCUUAAUGUGCUGCCUGUUGCUAGACGCUCGGUUACGUAUCGGUUGCUGCCGCUUGUUAGAGGUGCUUGGGUAAGACCAACGUUGGUGGUUAGGGAUAAAUAUUUUCAGAAGGUGUUGAAGAUUAUUCCCACGGAGGGUAUGAAGACGGAUCGUGAUGGGGUGUUGGUGUGGGUAUCGCCUGAGGAGGAGGGUGAAGAUGAUGGUGAAGAAGGAGACGGAGAAAAGAAAGAGGAUGGGAAGAAAGGGGGUGAAGAAGAAGAGGAGAAUGAAGAAGAUGACGACGAUGAUGAAGAUGAAGAUGAGGAUGAAAGUGACAGUGAGUGAGUGAGAUAUGAUUAGAGCGGCUUAGGUGAUGGAAAGGAAAGGAUAGGAGCUUAGCAUAUGUUCAAGGUUGUCCAAGGAGAGGACUGGGAUGGGGUGUUACGUUAAGCUGUUUGAUAUAGAGGAAUUUAUCGAAAAUGUGUUAUGAUGAGUUAUUCUACAUUGGAUUUUCGAAGCAAUUACGUGAGUCUAUGUAGCUUGUAAUUAUGUGACUACGUGUUAAACUAUAACGUUUAGACUUAGCCUGGACUUUUACAUUUUAUUAAUACAUAGAUUUAUGAUAUCCAC